AUGGCUGCGUCCUGUUUGGCAGCUGUUUGCCGAAGAGUUUUAGCCAACAUCAAAACUUCCACAGCAUUAAUAUCCUCUCAGACCCUUACUAGUCCAAGUUGCAGGUUUGCAGUUGGUAUUUUUCCUAAAAAUGCAUCAAAUACAUCUUUUAACCAGUGUAGAUUACUUCAUACUACGUUGUCAAGAAAAGGACUAGAAGAAUUUUUUGAUGACCCAAAGAAUUGGGGAGAAGAAAAAGUAAAAUCUGGAGCUUCCUGGACAUGUCAGCAGUUAAGGAACAAAAGUAAUGAAGAUUUACAUAAACUCUGGUAUGUUCUGCUGAAAGAAAGAAACAUGCUCCUAACACUAGAACAGGAGGCCAAGAGGCAGAGUUUACCAAUGCCAAGUCCAGAGAGGUUAGAAAAGGUAGUAGAUUCCAUGGAUGCAUUAGAUAAAGUUGUCCAGGAAAGAGAAGAUGCUCUAAGGCUUCUUCAGACUGGCCAAGAAAAAGCUAGACCCGGUGCUUGGAGAAGAGACAUUUUUGGAAGAAUCAUCUGGCACAAGUUUAAGCCGUGGCCUAUACCCUGGUACCUGAAUAAAAGAUACAAUCGGAAACGAUUCUUCGCAAUGCCCUAUGUGGAUAGUUUUGUCAGACUGAGAAUUGAGAAAGAAGCCCGUGCUGCAGCAAGGAAGAAAAAUUUAAUGAGAAAGAAAGAAAAAUUUCUUAAGGAAAAGUUUCCACCUCCUGCAGCCCAAAAAUCAAGUGUUGCUUAAGAUGUCUGAACUCUUAA